AUGGCUUGCUGUGUUGCCCGAUGCUGCAGUGUCCCCACCGGCCCUGCCACCACCAUCUGUUCCUCUGACAAGUCCUGCCGCUGUGGAGUCUGCCUGCCCAGCACCUGCCCACAUGAGAUCAGCCUCCUGCAGCCCACUUGCUGUGACCCCUGCCCCCCACCCUGCUGCCAACCUGAAGUGUACGUGCCAACCUGCUGGCUGCUCAACUCUUGCCACCCAACUCCCGGCCUGAGUGGCAUCAACCUUACCACCUAUGUGCAACCUGGCUGUGAGAAUCCCUGUGAGCCCUGCUGUUAA